GUCGGUGGGGAGAGAUCGUGAACUGAGGAUAUCAGAUUAUGGACCCGGUUCUCUUGCACGGAUACCUCAGUUUGGGAAGUACGUUUUGGGUGACGGAUGGACUAUGAUCUCGUUGUUCGUUUGUUAAAUAUAUAAAUAUAUAUAUGUAUAUUGAAAGUUUCUAGUGCAUUUAGCCACUUGACUGAUAGGCCAUCAUAUUUGUGUAAUGCAUAAUAAUAAUGAUAAACAUUUGUAAGCUUUCGAGUGCAUUAAUUGAAAUGUCCACUCGAUGGGUGAAAAUGUUUUCUGCCACCGGUUCUGCCCAGAACUUUGCCGCCUGCCAAAAAGUGUUGAUCCCUAUGAAAUAAGAGUGUUUGAGCUUCGGCUAUAAAAUAUUGAUUGGUGUUACUUUACUCAUCGGAAUCUAACGAAGAGAUUACCUGGCUAGUCGGCUAUUGGGUUUCAAAAAAGCACAAAAAAAAAAAGUAAACGUUAUUUCCGAUAAGCAAUACGACGAAUUCGUGGUAACGAAGUAUUCUAGAGAGAUACAGAAAUCGGUCAGUUUUAGUCAGUUAUGCUAUUGUUUCGCGUCGGUGUCACAUUGUUCCCAAUUCAACAAACCAUAUAUAUGAGCUUGAAGACUGUUUUUAAAGUAAAACCCAUUCGCAGUGGAUAAUAUCAAGGGAGCAUUAUGGGCAAGUUCUUCGAACGACUUCUUCAGAAAAGGGGCUCCAGAGUUAGUACAAUAAAUGAUUGGCUGCAAAUACAAAUUGGUGGCCCCGAGGAUGUUAAGAAAAAGCGACCAAAGGGCCAAAAUCGGAUUAAGUCAACAAAAUAUACGCUGAUCACAUUCCUGCCACAAAAUCUAUUGGAACAAUUUCGUAGAAUUGCCAAUUUCUAUUUCUUAGUAAUGACAAUAAUAUCUCUUUUAAUUGAUAGUCCUGUGUCUCCGAUGACCUCACUUUUACCUCUGGUUUUUGUAAUUGCUGUGACCGCAGCUAAACAAGGAUAUGAAGAUAUCCUGCGAUAUAGGACUGAUAAUGUGGUCAAUUCCUCACCAGUUACGGUGAUCAGGGAUGGAAAGGAGGCGAUAAUCAAGUCACAGGAUGUUAUUCCCGGAGAUCUGAUAGUCGUGGAGCGGGACUGUGAUGUACCCUGCGAUCUGGUGCUGCUACGAUCCACGGAUCCCCAUGGCAAAUGCUUCAUAACCACAGCGAAUUUGGAUGGUGAGUCCAAUCUGAAGACGUUGAUGGUGCCACGUGAUUUGCCCACCGUCGAUAUCCAAGAGAUGCACAAGCUGGGCAUGAUCGAGUGCGAGAGUCCCACCACGGAUUUGUAUAGCUUCAAUGGGAAAAUAGAGCUGAAGGGCAGUGAAGGACGAGUGUUGCCCUUGACCGCCGAGAAUGUCCUGCUGCGUGGAUCAAGGGUUAAGAACACGGAGUGCGUGAUUGGUUGUGCUGUAUAUACGGGCAUGAUCUCCAAGCUGCAGCUGAAUAGCCGGCUCACCAGGAACAAGAAUGCCACCAGUGAGACGUACAUCAAUCGCUUCCUAAUCGUCAUUCUCGUCGCCCUGAUUGCGAUUGUCACUUUGCUGUAUUUCCUGAAGAGGUACAACGAGCUUUUUGUGAUACCCAAACUGACCUACCUGGGGGAUGCGACGGACAGCUACAGUGUGAAGCAGUUCCUCCAGGACUACUUGUCCUUCCUGAUCCUCUUCAACUACCUGAUACCCAUCUCCCUCUAUGUGACCAUCGAGUUGCAGCGCGUGAUUGGAAGUUGGUUCAUGGAAUGGGACAUAGAGCUCUACGAGAAGGAGACCGAUCAGCCCUGCGUGGUGAAUACCUCCAAUCUGAACGAGGAGUUGGGACAGAUCAAUAUACUCUUCUCGGAUAAAACGGGCACGUUGACCAAAAACGAAAUGAACUUCCAGCAGUGUUCGAUUAAUGGCAGUAAGUUUAUCUUCAAGAAGACGCGACUGGAGGAUGAGGAGACCAAGGCCCUCCUGGACAUCAAUAAGUUUAGUUCCAGCCAGCGUGUCUUUUUCCAAGCUCUGUCUAUUUGCCAUACCGUUCAGGUGGCUUCCGGAUCUCUGGAGGAUGCUGAUGCGGGCAGCACCAAAAGGGAGCCAGUGACGGCUAUUAAAUCCGGUCCACCGGAGAUGUACUCCAUAUCGGACAUCACCGAGGAGAGUCACAAUGCUAGUCAGCAGAGCGAGCUCAAUGUGAGUCACACCAUCGAAAAUUCGGUGUCGGGUCAUCCGAAUGGUGCCAAUUCAACGGCCAUUUCUUCGGAUGUCAAUCCUCUACUGGUCUCGGAUGACAGCUAUGGCGUAGAGCGUCGCAAGCGUCCGGUGGUUGUGAAGAGGAGUCCCAACUUUGCCCGUUCCAAUCGGAUGCACAGUAGCCCCGCCAAUGACUUUAAUGUCAAUCAGACUGACCUCAAUGGUGCCACAAAUGGAGUGGACACCACUCCCAAUUUUCGACCCAUUUCACUGCAAUUUCGACGUUCUACCUCAGAGAAGGAUCUGCAACAGUCCUGGGAAGCUCCAAAUGGUCAAGCGCCUGGCCAUCGGAGGGCUCACUCCUAUGGAGCGCCCAAUGCCUACCUCACAAAUCCAAAUACUGUCAUCACACCGCCCGCCGGUGUCAUAUUCCGAUCGCCGAGCACCACUUCCCGGGAAUCCUAUGCAGCACCCACAUUCACCAGGCAGCCCACUAUCCUGGUUCGUGCCGAAUCGCAGCGUAGGAAAAACGAAAUCCGUGAUUUCAUAUUCACCUUGGACUACCAGGCCUCCAGUCCCGAUGAGAAGGCUUUGGUGGAGGCCUGCGCUAACUUAGGCAUGGUCUACACCGGCGACGAUGACGAGACUCUCCGGGUGCGCAUUGUUCCUCCGCAUAUGGACUACAAGCGACCGUUUGCCAAGCCCAAGGAGGAGACUUUCCAGCGUCUCCAUGUCCUGGAAUUCACAUCGGAUCGUAAGCGGAUGAGUGUCAUUGUACGGGAUACGGAUGGCAAGAAGUGGAUCUAUACUAAGGGCGCCGAAAGCUAUGUUUUUCCGCUGUGUGCCAAUAGUUCGGCGGAUUUGGUCUCGAAGACGGAUGCUCAUAUCAGUGAUUUCGCACGACUUGGCUUGCGGACACUGGCCAUUGCCCGGCGAUUGAUUGCUGAGGAAGAGUACCAGGACUUCCUUGUUGAGCUGGCCCAGGCCAAUAGCUCAUUGGAGAAUCGAAAGCAGCUCAGCGAGGAGUGUUACUCGAAAAUCGAAAGCAAUCUGGAUCUUCUGGGUGCCACAGCUGUCGAGGACGCCCUGCAGGACGACGUGGCGGAUACGUUGGUUUCCCUGCAGGCGGCUGGCAUUAAGAUUUGGGUGCUGACUGGUGAUAAGGUAGAGACUGCACUGAACAUAGCCCUGUCAUGUGGUCACAUUCCGCCCGAUGCCAAGAAAUACUUCAUCAUCGACUGCAAAAACAGGGAGGAGAUGCUGCUGCAUCUGAACGCACUGGAUCGGGAGAUUAUCUUUGGCAUCGGGCAGGAGUGCGCCCUGCUGAUCGAUGGCAAGAGCCUGGGUGUGGCCUUGUCUGAGGCCAGCACAGAGUUCCGGGACGUAGCCGUCAAGUGCACGGCCGUUUUGUGCUGUCGCCUGAGCCCGCUGCAGAAAAGUGAGGUGGUGUCACUGAUCAAGUCCUCCAAUGAGAACUAUAAUACAGCUUCCAUUGGCGAUGGAGCCAAUGAUGUUUCGAUGAUCCAGGAGGCCCAUGUGGGCAUCGGUAUAAUGGGACGCGAAGGCAGACAAGCGGCACGAUGUGCUGACUUUGCCUUUGCCAAGUUUUGUAUGCUAAAGAGACUGCUUCUCGUCCAUGGUCACUACCAUAGUGUUAGACUAUCCCUGUUGGUCCUGUACUUUUUCUACAAGAACAUCGUCUUCAUGGGCAUCAUGUUCCUGUUCCAGUUCCACACACUGUUCUCCUCGUCCUCCGUCUACGAUUCACUUUUCCUGACUUUGUACAAUGUGAUAUACACCUCGCUGCCCAUUUUGUUCAUAGCUAUCUCCGAGAAGCCAUACACUGAGGAGAAGCUGAUGAGAACACCACAGCUUUAUAAAAAGAACACGGACAAUAAGCAACUUCAUUGGCCUUACUUCCUGAUGUGGGUCAUAUUUGCCAUCUACCAUUCGGUCAUCAUUUUCUACUUUGCCUUCUGCCUUUUCUCGUACAACAACGUGAUCCUAAACUACGGCCAGACGGUGGCCUUCUCCUGCUUCGGAACCCUGCUUAUGUGGACAGUGGUGGUUGUGGUUAACCUCAAGCUUUGGCUAGAGUCCAUGUAUCUGUCGUUUUGGUACAUCUUCACAAUAAUCAUUUCCAUUUUGGGUUUUGUGAUCACAACGGUUAUCUACAAUGUUAUCAAUCUGGACUACGAUACCGACAUUUAUUGGGCUUAUAACAAUCUGUUGGCCUCUUUGCCCGUUUGGUUGUGGAUCCUGUUGACCAGUGUGGCCUGUUUGAUACCCGACUAUACCAUCCGAAUGCUCCAGAGGGCACUCAAUAUCAAGAGUUUCAGUAUUUUCCCCGGAAAACAGCGAAAACUUAAAAUGCGUGAAAAAUUUGAGUCCACAUAUUUGUAAAACGACUCUAGGCUAUAGUUUUUAUACCCCUAAUUUAUUUAUUUCCUUUAUGUAUACAUUUUUUUUUUUGUUAGAUAAAAAGAAAUUUUGUUGAAAGAC